UCAAAUCGAACAUUCAGCCCGAGUCUAUUAAGAAUGAAGUUCAUUUUGGUUUUGGCUUGUCUGGCCCUUUAUGUGGCCCACGUCUCUGCCCAGGACAACUGCCGUGGCCGUCCCGUGAUCCAGGUAUGCACUGGCGGCCGGGAUGAAGGACACAGCCGUCAUAGUGCGUGUCGAGCGAGAUUCAUGGCCGAAAUGUGGUGGUACAACGCACGCGCCAGGGACUGCCAGAAGAUGAGGUAUUUGGGCUGUGGUGGCAACAACAACCGCUACUGUUCCCUAGCCAGCUGUCGCCGUCAGUGCAGACGCUGAUAGGUACCGGUAACCGUCCCGUCCUGAUGCUGAUUCUUUCUUGAUCUUUUGUCUUUAUUAACGAUACUGAUGUAAAAUAAAUAAUUCACU